AUGGAUCUGUUUGAAGACGAGUUGGAUGAUGAUAUUGAAGAUUUAUUGCAGAUUUUGGGGAUAUAUUUUGUACAAAAACAGUUAAAUAAAAAAAGGCGUAGACGACGAAGACGGUACUGGGUUCAUGAAAUAAAUCAAGACAGAGCUAUGCAUGGUGAAUAUCAUACCCUUUACAAAAAAUUGCUGAAAGAUAGUGAUAGAUAUCAUUUAUAUUUUCGGAUGAAUGAAACUCAAUUUGAAGUUUUACAUGACCUUAUUAAAAAUGACAUCUACAAGAAAGGGACAAGUUACCGUGAAGCUAUAAGCACAAAAGAAAGACUGGCAGUGGCUCUCAGAUUUUUUGCCACAGGGAAUUCAUUUAGAUCAUUGGCAUUUAAUUUUAGAAUGGGAUUCAGCACCGUGCGAGAAAUUGUACGCGAUGUCUGCGAAGCAAUUUGGAACAAAUUGCGGCCAAUAUACAUGCCAGAACCUACAACCUUGAUGUGGGAAAAAUCUGAAGAGGGAUUUAGAAGUUACUGGAAUUUUCCUUAUUGCUGUGGUGCAUUGGACGGCAAACAUGUAAAUAUCACUUGUCCAAUAAACGAUGUAGGCUCAUAUGGAAAAAACAGUGACGGUGGACUAUUUAAUAAAUCUGCACUUGGAGAGUCGUUAGAACAAGGCAAAUUAAAAAUGCCUGCUGAUAAACCCUUAGCUUCCGAAUUGGAACCAUUACCACAUGUAGUAGUGGCAGAUGAAGCUUUUCCUUUAAGGUCAUAUUUAAUGCGGCCGUAUAGUAAAAAUGAUGUUCGCAACAAUGAGCCUAAUAAAAUCUACAACUACCGUCUAAGCCGUGCUAGGCGUAUCGUUGAAAAUUCUUUCGCCAUUUUAAGAGCAAGAUGGCGCGUUUUCGCCAAACCUUUGGAAACUCUAAUACAAGAUAAUGUGACGCCGCUGGGGCCUACAGCUUUGGAGGACUUGGACACUCUGCGCAGAAAUUCUACACAGUAUGCUUUUUCUGUUCGAAAUAAAUUUAAGGAAUACUUUAAUUCCAACGAAGGUGCAGUGCCGUGGCAAAUAGAUAUUGUAAGGAGAGGAAGACAAAAUAUUUAA